UCGUGAACUUGACGUUAUAAGUCAACGAUACUUAUAUUAAUAUUUGACAUGAUGUAAAAUUAUUAGUGACCAUGCAAAACAAUCGGCUCAGAGAUAAAACAAUUAGAACACAGAAGGCUACGAUCCCCGCAUCUAAUAAAAAGACAGUUAUGAAUAACGAGAAUGUGCCGAGACAUUAUAUGAUUACUCCCGAAAACCCGCAAUGUAGUGGCAGCGAAGAAAGGCUUUUAUUGAAUCAUAAUUUGCAUAGCAAUAAAUCUUUUUGUGUUUCCAGUGAUCGAACGUUUAGCAAGAAACAAUUAAACAGGAAUUUAGGUGAACAUUUUUUACUUAAAGAUGUGGAAUACUCGCAGAGAAUAAAAGGGUAUUGCGUCGCUCACGAGUCAGGUGUUAACUGUACACAUGGAGAGAAAAACGUAUUGAUGUCACCAGAAAAUGAUUAUUCUCUUAGCGAUAAAAAACGUUCGUGUAAUGAGAAAUAUAAGGAUAAAACAAGAUACGACAAUAGUUUGAAGAAUAAAAUAAAAAACAAUAAUACUGAGAAUUACUUGACUUCUAGUGACAAACUUCGUGAAGACAAAUCAACAUACUGUCGUCCGGUUUUGAGUAAUUACAAUCAGCAGUUUAUAUAUAAAACAAUACAAAGAAAUGCGAGACUGAAGAACUUAGUCAAGAAGCUGUCGCUAGCGAGGCAGAGGGAAAAGGACAAAGUAAAUUGGAACAACUACAUCAAUGAUUUAAAAAAUAAGCAUAGAUUCAAUCAACUGAAUAUUGUACUCGACGACGAGGAAAACUUACCAUCUGAAGUUAUUGCCGAUUACUGUAAAACUACGUACUCUUGGGAGCAGUCUGAGUUUUGUAAAAAAUUAUUACAAGAAGCCCACGACACAUCGCGACUGAAAAUGCUUCAGGGGUAUUAUCCAACAGGAUCUCAGGAUUCUAAAUAUUUAAAGUUAAACACAGAUAUAUUUUGCUAUCCGACUUCUUCGCUGGGAAGGUUUAUCAUGCUUAGGAACCAAAGAAUGGGAAACACGCUAAGAAGGAAUCAAGGUCAAAUUCAAAGCAAUGAACACAACAACAUUUCGGGCUCUUUUGAUAAUAAGCCUUGUUUAAACUCUCAAAAUGUUAGACACCAUAAGGAGAAAAACUUAAAGUCUUGCUUAGUUCAAGCAGAUAAUCAAUCUUGUCCACAAUUUAUUUAUAGAGAUAAAGGAACAAGUAGAAGAAGGGAUCUCGUCAAGGAAGUAUCGAUUGAAACGAGCAGUGAUCGUGAAUAUGACUAUUUAAACUGCGUAAAUAAUAAAAAUAAUCAUUUAAACAUUGAACACAAACUAGAAUGUCUAAUUGAGAACUUUAAUAGUUUUAUCUCUCAAAUAAGAUCAUGUAAAUGUAGUAAGUGUAAAUCAGUCUCCUGCAAAAAUAUUGGAAGAGAAUACGACAUAUCAAAAGCAACAGGAAAUGACUCUUCAGGUGUGAAAAGAAAAGAGGUCAUUGAAGUCCGUGAAGCCGCAAUAAAUAGCUCUGAGAGUACCGUAACAACUUCUGACUUAUCAGCAACCAGAGCACGUUUUGAUAAAAUUAAUGAAAUUUUAAAAGAGGAUCUCGGCAAUAAACGAGAUGCUGUAGGCGAGAAUAAAGUUAACCAUUCACGUUCCGUUCAAAUAUCCAUUGAAGUUCCAACUAGAGACUGCUGUGUAUCAGUCACAAAUUCUUUGUCCAGAAGUGGUUGUGGAGAUGAGAGUCUUAUUUUAAAUCAAAAAAUACAAGAAGAGAGAAUCGAGGAUCCUCUCCCACGUAUGACUAUCGCAGUGAACACUGAUCCGCUAAGUUUCUUAGGCUUGCUUAGAUUUUCCUCCGAUACAUUAAGACGUUUAUUAUCCUACAUGCCGAACUUUGACUACAUCUCCUACUUGUCUUCCCUUCAUUUCAUGCAAGCUCCGAGAAGCGUUGACGCACAUUAUGUUUGUAAAAUUUGUGGUGCUGAUUUUAAUAGUCCUUCAAAACUAAGCGAUCACAUCAGCGGUCACGAUACCUUUUACAAGACGAGGGACUGCUGCGUGUGUCGCCAUGUCAUCGAGCAGACGAGAUCCGGCAUAUUCACGUGCCAGUACUGCGGCCUUCAGUUCACUAGAGCCUACUGUUGUGAGCUACAUCAACACUCCUGCGCCAAACGACUCGGCAAGUGUCACGACGUAUCUUCUAGCCUGAUGCUGCUCAGAUAAGGCAGCUCUCGGACUUAUGAAUACGAAAGUACUGUCGCGAUGUAUUGACCAGACGAAACAAUAACGGAUGUAGUCGAUAGUUACUGGUAUUAAGAAAAGAUUCCGUUAAACUUAUAUUUUGUUACAAAUGUUGUCGUUCAAAGCAUGAUCAUUUUAACUUGCUAUGUGACGUCCUUUAAGGAUUCACUUCGUCGCAGUCACAAACAACCGCAUUAUAUUUAUUGGCCAUGAGUCGUUGCACGCUCUCAUCUAAGCUCUGUUUUCCGCAUUAAAUUAUAUCAUUACAGUGAUAGCUCUUGAUAACCGACACGUAACACUUAAGAGCCGUUAUGUAACCAUCCAGGGACUCGGUUGGAAUACUCGCUUGUAAAACUCACGUGGGAGUCAAUGUAUUUCACAUAGUUUUAUACAAACCACAACAAUAUACAGCCCCAAACCUGAACGGAAUAACUAUAAUGAAGUAAUGACCCGAUUUAUUGUUUAAGACUUGUGUUUGUAAGUUAAUGUAUCGUUUGAUGAAACAUUCGACUGACACUGCUCGAUUUGUAAUUGAUAGUUAUUGAAGUGUGACUUAAAAUUUGAUUGGUUUAAGUUGUAUGCAUGUAAAUGUAUAAAAUAAACAGUUUGGAAAAUC